AGCUUAAGGAAAAUUCAACCACUUGCGGCCCGGUGUAGGCAGCGUCUUGCCGGAAUACCAGCGCUUCCGUUUACUAUAUAACCGAGGACCGGUCUCUGUAGAUAUAUCCUCAGCGAGCCGUUGUGCCCCUCCUCCUUAUCUGUGCCUGUUGACCUCUCCGAAGGCCCCCACGUUGCUGGGCAAGCUCAACCUGGGAGUCAUGGCGGACGACCUUGCACCGAUUGUCCAGCUUCUUCAGGCUACUUUGGACCCUAGGCAGCACAAGCAAGCCGAAGCUGCCCUCAGGCAAGAAGAGAAGAAGCCCGGGUAUUCACUCCAGCUCUUGCACAUCACAGCAAACAGUUCAUACCCUUACAACACUCGCCUCUCCAGCGCUCUCUACUUCAAGAACUUUAUCAAAUGGAAUUGGACGGACGAGGACGGCAAUUACAAACUGCAGGAGAAAGAUGUCGUGACCAUCAAGCAGGAGCUUAUCAGUCUGAUGAUCUCAAUGCCCCCGGGGAUUCAAACCCAGCUAGGAGAAGCAGUUAGUGUGAUAGCGGAUAGCGAUUUCUGGCAGCGAUGGGAUACUUUGGUGGACGAUCUCGUCUCGCGGCUGUCUCCGGAUAAUAUCGUUGUGAAUGUUGGUGUCUUACAGGUCGCACACUCGAUCUUUAAACGAUGGCGCCCGCUUUUCCGCUCAGAUGAACUUUUUACCGAGAUCCUCCAUGUCCUAGAUCGGUUUGGUAAACCAUAUCUCGCGCUCUUUGAGAGCCUAGACACAUAUAUCGAGCAAAGUAGAAAUGAUAAGGAAAAAAUCACCCAGGCAUUCUCCCAGUUGAAUUUGAUGAUCAAAUUAUUUUACGAUCUCUCUUGCCAAGAUCUCCCGGCGAUCUUCGAGGAUCACCUAGGACCUAUUUCCUCACUACUUUUGAAAUACUUGACGUACGAUAACCCGCUGCUCCAUACUUCUGAUGAUUCGGAGUCCGGUCCGCUGGAGUUUGUGAAGGCUGGCAUUUUCGAGGCGCUGGUUCUCUACGUGCAAAAGUACAUCGAUGCCUUUGGCACACAUGUCAACCAGUUUAUCGGAAGCUCUUGGAAUCUUCUCACCACGAUUGGCGAGGACACCAAGUAUGAUAUUCUUGUCAACAGGGCUCUUCAAUUCCUGACUUCCGUUGCUCGCCUCCCCGAACAUUCGAAUGCUUUCAAGAACGAAACAACACUCAGUCAAGUGACCGAAAAGGUCAUUUUGCCGAACGUUUCCCUGCGAGAAUCCGAUAUCGAAAUGUUUGAAGAUGAGCCUAUUGAAUUCAUUCGCCGAGAUCUUGAAGGAGGCGACAGCGAAACCAGAAGACGCGCGGCGACCGAUUUUCUAAGGCAGUUGCUGGAAAACUUUGAGGCGUCGGUGACCAAUAUCGUCAUAAGAUACAGCGACCAUUAUCUUGCAGAGUAUUCCAAGUCGCCUUCAGACCAAUGGAAGUCGAAAGAUAUCGCGAUCUACUUAUUCUCAGCGAUCGCAGCAAAAGGAGUCGCUACCACCACCCAUGGUGUGACUACCACCAAUCCCCUCGUCAGUAUUACGGACUUUCUCCAGAAGAAUCUGGCUUCCGACCUGGUUGCAACCACCGGUAUUCAUCCCCUCUUAAAGGUGGAUGCCAUCAAAUUCCUCUACUCGUUCCGAAGUAUAAUCACAAAGGAGCAAUGGCAGGAAAUUUUGCCUCUUCUGGUACAGCAUCUCGGCUCUUCAGUCUACGUUGUGUACACAUACGCAGCUGUUGCCCUUGAGAGAGUGCUCUGUCUCACCGAUAACCGAGGUCAGCCCAUCAUUUCUGCCAGCGAAAUUAUACCGUUGGCGGCACAGCUGCUGGAACAUCUCUUUCAGCUGAUAGAAAAGGACCCGUCGCCUCCUAAGAUCCAAGAAAAUGAGUUCUUGAUGCGAUGCAUCAUGAGGGUUCUGAUUGUUAUAAAGGACGGGGUGGUGCCGAUUGUAGACCCGAUUUUACAGCACCUCAUCAAAAUAACCGGGAUCAUCAGCACAAAUCCGAGCAAUCCCCGAUUCUACUACUUCCAUUUUGAGGCUCUUGGAGCCCUGAUCAGGUUUGGCGCUCCCGCUCAGCCCAGCAAAUUCGAAACCGCCCUUUACACCCCUCUUGUCAAUGUCUUGCAAAGCGAUGUGCAAGAAUUCAUCCCAUACGUCUUCCAACUUCUAGCUGCACUUCUUGAGGCCCAACCGUCCAACACACUCCCUGGGAACUACCAGAAUCUACUAGCACCGAUCCUUAUGCCAACGAUGUGGGAGACUCGGGGAAACAUCCCGGCACUUGUGCGCUUGCUUUCGGCCAUGCUUCCUCGUGGAGCCGAGGCGAUUGUCAAGGGCAAUCAAAUAGAGCCAAUUCUUGGUAUAUUCCAGAAGCUAGCGUCAUCCAAGCUCAACGAGAGCUAUGGCUUCGAUCUUCUUGAAAACGUCAUCUUGACGUUCCCUCCUACUAUCCUAGAGAAAUACUUUCCCACGAUCAUUCAGAUUCUCCUGACCCGACUCCAAAAGGCGAAAACGGAAAAUUUCGCCCUUCGAUUUGUUCGAUUCUACCACUUCAUUUCGGCUCUUGAUGAUCAAGGUUAUGGCUGCGAUUUCUUCAUCCGGGUCACAGAAAACAUUCAGGCUAGCGUUUUCACCCCAAUCUAUCUAAACAUCAUCCUCCCCGAGUCCCGGAAACUGGCUCGCCCGAUUGACAGGAAAGCGGCUUUGAUAUCGUUUACGAAGACGUUAGCCAAUUCCGAAUCGUUUGCGAAUCGCUACAAGAAAGGAUGGGCAUUCACCUGCGAAGGACUUCUUAAUCUCGUCAGCCAGCCUCCUCUUCCUGCUGCCAAAGACGAUAUUAUCAAGGAGAACGACGUUGAGGAUAUGUCCUUUGGCGCUGGCUACACCCAAUUGAACACUGUGAAGAAGGCUCCAAACGAUCCGUGGCCGCAGGUUGGACCGAACCUUGGCACGUGGGUCGGGUCGUAUUUGAAGGAGGCUGAUAAGAAGCAUGGUGGAAGAAUCAGUAGUUUUGCACAGGAGAGACUGAGUCCGGAGGCCAAGGCUGGAUUGGCGAGCUAUCUGAGUGGUUAAAAGGGCCGUAAAAAUGGAUCUUUCGAGGUGAAGCAGGCAAAAAAAACAACGGAGGGAGAUUUUAUAAUGGAAAUACUUUGCAAUAGAAAGGAAGAUUAAGGCCAAGAGCACGUUUUAAUUCAAUCUUGAAUUUGGAUCGAAUA